AUGGCUUCCAUCCCGAGUGUGCAAUGCUUCGGCAAGAAGAAGACUGCUACGGCUGUCGCCCACUGCAAGCAAGGCAGGGGCCUGCUUAAGAUCAACGGCCAGCCGAUCACCCUAGUCAAACCCGAGAUCCUGCGCUUCAAGGUCUAUGAGCCUCUCCUGAUUGUCGGCCUCGACAAGUUCGCCGGUGUCGACAUUCGUGUCCGUGUCUCCGGAGGUGGUCACGUCUCUCAGAUCUACGCCAUCCGUCAGGCCAUCGCCAAGUCCAUCGUCGCCUACUACCAGAAGUACGUCGAUGAGCACUCCAAGAACCAGCUGAAGCAGGCUUUCAUCCAGUACGACCGCACAUUACUCGUCGCCGACCCCAGACGGGCCGAGCCGAAGAAGUUCGGUGGUCGUGGUGCCCGCGCCCGCUACCAGAAAUCCUACCGUUAA